UAAAUGCCAGCUCGGGGCCACCACAAAGGCCGAGCCCCCAACCCCUACCCCGGCCCUUCAUUUCGACUGAUCUACAUCGCCAUCAGCAAAGACGAGAGGUCAUGGGGACGGCGGAGGAGGUCGGCAAUGGACUGGAGUUCUUAUCAGAUCUGGUGGAUAGGUUCUCCUUGCUGGAUCUUGCAUCAAUCGAUUUCAAUCCAGCGGGUGAACUGGAUACUUGUUUUACACAGUCAGCUGUUGAAUCGAGCAUGGGAGAUAUUGGCGACGCUCCGCUUACAAUCCAGGUCGCUGAGAACAACGGCUGCGAGGAACUGAGCUUGUCGGCGGCCGAUUCACAACAAUCAACAAGAAAAGAUGACCGUCGGGCCCCCGGGUGGACAAAAAGGGUUCAUAUUGGGCGAGCCCCUCUCGAGCGUCCACCUUGUGCUGGAAGAGUAUGUGCCCUUGAGAAAACAUUAAGAGGAUAUGCGGAAAAGAGAACAAAUACCGUUGUAGUACCAGCUGUUGGAUACAACUUCAGUUCAUUGGGGGAGGCGUACGACUUCUAUAACCUAUAUUCCUGGGAAAUUGGAUUGGGAAUAAGAUACGGAAAAAGUAGGCUCAACGUCGAGAGAACCAAAUGUAUGCAAGAGAUAGUAUCUGGAUGCUCGGAUAUGUGCCAGCAAGCUGCCCCAUGCACAUAUGAAGGCAAUAUAUGAGGUUUCUUUUCGAUGGAGAGGCGAAUGAUAACUAUGAAGAGCGACGAACAAAGAUAGUGAACACACCACUGGAGUUCCACGCUAGCAGGAUCUACACUCGAGCUAUGUUUGAGAAUUUUGGUGAGGUCCUAUAUGAAGCAGGACAAUACAGGGUAGAAGUUAAAAAUGGUUCGAAAUAUUACUUACACCGGUACCACCCAGAGAGAUACGAGAAGUACUGUAGAGUACUAUACAUACUACAUAGUGCAUGUUGUCGCUGAGGAUGAAGAACUCUCAUGUGAAUGUGGUAACUUCAAGCGCACAUGACUGUAUGCUGCCGUUCAGUUAAGGUUCUUGAUUUCUUGGGUAUAGACAAAAUUCCAUCAAAGCAUAUCCUCAAAAGGUGGACAAAAGAUGCAAGAGAUAUACUUCCAACCCACUUGUCACACCUACAAAGAGACAAGAUUUCAGCAGACAUUCAAAUUUUUAUACACAUGCUUUAGAGGUUGUAAAACUUGGUGAUGCAAAUCCAAUUGCAUAUGAUUGUGCGAUGGAACUUUUUAGGGCAGCAAUGGAUAAACUAACAUAUUUAGCUGCUGAGCAUGAUGGUUUGGGUUUGCAACACAGGAUUGAAAUGAAGAAGACAAAAGGUACAGAACUGACUCUCUUCCAAGGAGCACAACAUGGACACAUGAGCGAUGAUGAAGGUAGCGCCGUCAAAUAUUUCAUUGGAUUAUCAGCUCCAGAACAAAAACACAAGGCCGGUCGACCAACAAACAGCAGAGACAAGCCUCCAUAUGAUGACCGGUCUGCAAAGAGCAAAAAAAAUAAGGUCACAUCAUAAGUUGAUACAGGUAUUGGAUGCAGUACAAGCAAACGAACACGGUUCUGCACUAUAUGCCGUGGCCCUGGUCACAAGAGCACAACUUGUCCGCUAAGAGGGGACACUCCUCAAAAGAAAAGGAAAGAAUCAAAAUGCUCAAUCUGCGGAGUGGGAGGGCAUCGAAAGAACACCUGCACAUGGAAAGCAACCUACUCAUGAUCCUGUUAUCGAACCAUGAGUAAUCUAUACAAGCAGCUAGCAUAUUUACCCUGUA